AUGCCCAACGAGGACCACCACGACGAGAAGCCGCUCUCCGACGUCCUCCGCGCGCGGCACUCUGAGCACGGCAAGCGGCGCGGGCUGCACGGCAAGACCGCUCGCAAGCUGCACAAUCAGCGCUACUCGCCGGCGACCGAAUGCGGCCUGACUUCAUCCAAUACGAUGCCGUGCAGUCCAUUUGCACAUCCGUGCCAGCGCCGGCUGCUGUCGCACUUUGAGCUGGAGGGCCGCGACGCGUCCCACUCCCUCAACCGCGACCACGCCUGGGAGCACGUCCCCGCGCUGCUACACGAGCGCGCCAUCGCGCCGCCGCGCGUCCACAAGAGGAGCAACGGGCUCAUCGAGACGAGCUUCGCGCUCGAGCCGGUCGUCGAGGUGGUGGCCGACGCUGGGGCGGAGGUGUCGGGGCAGCGCCGAGACCGCCGUCAGCUCAGGACCGACGGAAAGAUCUACUCGUUGAGGAACGGCAAGCGCCCCGUCCUCUUCGCCGAGCCUCCGACCGAGCCCCCGGUUGGCGUGCGGGGCAGUCUGCUGACGCCCGUGCGCGUCGGUGGGAGCCGAUCCUUGCGAGCCUUCCCCACGGUGCGCCGCCCUGGCGGCGCCGCGUGGGACGUCGCUCAGCACGGCGGCGUCGGCCGCGCACUGCUCGAGAUUGACCUCGGCGCCGACUGCCUGGUCAGCCACCUCUCGACGCAGGGCCGCGAGCCCCCGACGCGCACGUUCCCACAAGUCCAACGAGAGCGGC